AGUUGAGUUUAGCCUUUAAGAGACAAUCGAAUCAUUUUGAUUUAAUCACUUGACGAUUUACAAUUGGACACACGUCCCGAGAAAUUAAUAUAUUAAAAUGUAACGACAAUAACUAAAGAUCAUCAAUCGCUUAAAUAUGAACUUUAAGAUAAAUAAUCGAGUUAAAUGGAUUACAUGUUUUUGGAUAUGAAAUGCAUACCGAGAAUUAGUUGCGAGUCCAAAAUCCACCACACCAUUAAUUCACGUUCUAUUAAUUUAUCAGGGAGGGAGGCAUGCGAAGAGUAUGCGGGAGAAGUACAAAAGCUGGCUUACAAGCUGUUGGGACUCAUCUCCCUCAGCUUAGGGCUGCCCGAGAAUCGACUGAAUGGGUUCUUCAACAAGGACCAGACAAGUUUCGUGAGGCUGAACCACUACCCGCCCUGCCCUAUCCCUCACCUGGCUCUCGGGGUGGGCCCGCACAAAGACGCCGGGGCGUUGACCGUCCUGGCUCAGGACGACGUCGGCGGCCUUGAAGUGAGACGCAAAACCGACGGGGAAUGGGUUUUCGUCAAGCCCACCCCCGAUGCUUUUAUCAUCAAUGUUGGCGACAUUAUUCAAGUGUGGAGCAACGACAAGUACGAGAGCGUGGAUCACAGGGUGAAGGUGAACCCCGAGAGAGCGGUUUUCGAUCCCUUUCUUCCUCAACCCGGCGCACUAUACUCUGGUGGAGCCGUUGUCCGAGCUACUGAGCUCGGACAACCCUACAAAGUAUAAAGCGUACAACUGGGGAAAGUUUUACACCACCCGGAAGACCAGCAAUUUCAAGAAGCUUGGUGUUGAAAACAUCCAAAUUUACCACUUCAGAGUUUGAUCAUCAACUCUACUGUAAUAAGCAUAAUUAGUGUCC